GCUAUUGAUGGCCUUCGCAGGUGCAAACUUUGCAAACAACCUGGACAUGACAGGAGGACUUGCCCGACCCGUCAGUAAACUAUCAGCCCACUGUCAAACUGAACUGUCUUAGAGACUUUGUAUUGUAAAAUGUUAUUCACCUGUUAGUUGUACUACUUAUUGUGCAUUAUGUGGUUUGCACUGUACCCCUUUAGACAAGAAAUGACCAUUGUAUUGUAAAUGUAAUUUUAUUUAUUUAUUUCGUGUUUCUUAAAUAUUCAUGGAUCCGUGUUUUGAUGCAGAGACAGAGCGUAGGUAGUCAGUGAGCAAGAAAUCUAUGGCGGGAUCCUCUAGUACAGGCUUUCCAUGGACACCUGCAACGAUCGCUAUAGCACUUAAUGCCUCCUUACAGGUUGUGCGCGAAGGAAACGAUGAUCCGUUAAAGGAGAACAACAUAAUUCAAGCCGUGGCGAAAUUGCAUGCAAGACCCAUAUGUUCUAGGUUAACCGCGCCACUCCAAUGUGUAACCACCGAGGACCUUAGGGCCCUCUUGUAUCACCGGCGUCAAAUGUAUCUGAGGGUCCGCGAACUGGCCGACCAUCCUUCUGUGAUAGGUUUCUCUAGGAGACAAAGAACGAUAGUAAUGUCGCCAGACCAGUAUGCAUCCCAUAUUCAGGCUUUCCCGGAAGACGAACAGUUGAUCAACAAAGAAAUCUCACACUUCUUGACGAUGUGUAUGCUCUUCGGCGGGGGUGUGAUGCCUGGUUCGCGUAGAAGACGACGACAGUCAGCGAAUCAAAGGGGUACAGAGGCGACCUCUACGAAUCAUCCAGAUAAUGACGAGGACGAAGACGAUGACGAUUUCAUGCCCCCCAUGCCUAGACGUUCGAACAGAAAUACAGGAGAAAGUUCUAGGAACACUGCAAGAAGACGUUCACGCACAACAUCGAGAUGCCAUACAACUGAUAGGGAAAUAGGACGUGGUACCACCUCAGAGAAACCUCAAGAUGAUGACGACGACGACGAUUUCAUGCCACAACGACCCCGCCCUCCGAGGCUUCCAUCUCCGGAGGACACCGAUGACCCUGAAAAUGAUGAUGGAUUUGCUCGUACUCAUUUUUACAACUUCCCAGAACCACCUCGGAGACGACAACCAUCUUACCCGGAUAGCUUUGACCAUCGCACCUGGAAUUCUUACGCUAAUUUGCGUCGCCACUUUCCUUCGCCCUAA